GAACACUAUAUUCGUUCCUAGAAACAGGCGGAGGGAGGCACGGAGAGGAGCGCAGACCGGUGCAAUGAGGUACUGAUGGGAGAAGGCGAACGCAUAUCUUGCGAGUUGCCAUUAAAGUAGCACUCUGCUACGUCUCGGAGGACAUAACCCAGUAGGCUAUACUGCAUGCUCAGAUUUUAUCCACCGCGGGGAAAUUUGUGAAAAGGUUAACAAAGUGCAGGCGCAAGAAAUUAAAGAAUAAUCAGUAGUGCCAAGAGCAACCAAAGAGUGCGCCGAACCCCCAUGCAAUUAUGCGGGAUUCUGUUUUCAAUUGCUGUUUUACCCCAGCGCAUCCCUCAGCCGCUGAGGUUGAGCUGCCAGCACACCGCCAUCGCCGUGGAAACAUGGCCGAGGCCCCUCCGCCCAACGACCGCCGGUUCCUCAUCUUCUUCGACUUCGACGAGACGUUGGUGGACGAGACCAGCGAUGACAUGGUGGUGCAGGCCGCUCCUGGAGGGGUGCUCCCCGGGUGGCUGAAGGACACCUACAGGCCCAACCACUACAACGAGUACAUGCAGCGCGUGCUCGCCUACCUGGCCGAGCAGGGCGUCACCGAGGCGACCAUGCGCUCCAUCAUCGAGAAGAUCCCGGCCUGCCCGGGGAUCCCGGCGCUACUGCGAUUCCUCCAGUCUCGUCCGCCGCGGGACUUCGAGGUCGUGUGCGUGUCCGACGCCAACACCUACUUCAUCGAGUCGUGGCUGACUCGCGCCGGCUUCCGACCGCUGUUCCUGCGCGUCUUCAGCAACCCCGCUCAGUUCGACCGCGACGGCCAGUUGCAGCUCCGGCCCUACCACUCCCACGAGUGCCAGCGCUGCCCGAGCAACUUCUGCAAGUCCGUGGUGGUGCGCGAGUACAUCGCCAGACGCGUGCGGGAGAGGGGAGGCCGGCCGUACCAACGGGUCUUCUACGUCGGCGACGGGGCCAAUGACUUCUGCCCGUCCUUGACGCUGUCGCCGCGGGACACGGUGUUCCCGCGCCGGGAUUUCCCCAUGCACCGACUCAUCCAAGAGAUGGCUGAAGCUCAGCCAGGGAAGUUCAGGGCCAACGUGGUGACCUGGGCUAGUGGGGAAGAUGUGAUCAACACACUCAGGAAAGUAGUAGAGGAGAGGGGGUAGCAAGGCCUGUAGCUUACACAUGAAACAGUCAAGGGGACAGACACACACACACACACACACACACACACACUGUCUCACAUCACUCUGCACUACACAGAUCACAAACACAGACACAACAAAUUAACACCAACUCCUCACAGCAUAAACCCAUUAACUCAGUAUUUCACAGACACAAGUAAUCAGCCCAGCUGCCAGCAGGCAUCUCAAUAAUAGUUUCAUGUGCAGCUGAAUGAAGGUUGAGCAAACAGCGUAUCGCAGGGAUUACAAGCUGCUUCAGUGACUUGCAGCAUUUUGCAGGUGCUCUUAUGAGGUGCUGGUCCAGCAGAAACAGAUUGUUGCUAGGCAAAUGAAUAUGACCUUUAGGCUGGAGAGAACACUGUCACUAUAAGCAGGCCCCUCUCAUCCAAGUGUCUAUGCAACACUUGCUGUUGCUAUCGACCUGGGUUGUUAAUUAGUUUGCACACAAUAAAUGGGACUGUAAACUACCUGGUUAAUAUUAACCCAUACUUUAGUCUGGCCAGCCCAACCUCUUGCCUCAAGGAACAUUUCAGCCACAUUAGGUGACCACUGAUCAGGUCAACAUUGAAGAUUUCAGAUGUCAUAGUAGGAGUUGUCAAUCAACAUAACAGCCUUAAAAUUAGCCUACCAAUGUGUACUUUACUAAUGUCUAUAGGCCUACAUGACAGAGAUUGUGCAUGAGGCAAUACAAAUCAGUUGAGGAACAAUAACGUCAAGCUGUUUAACCAAUCAAGAUACAACAACCAAUUCUUUGGAAUAUGUGGAGAUGGGAUUUCCUCAUUCUGAAUAGACUUGGAGAUGGUCAAUGAGUAAUAAGCACCAGACUGUCCCGGUUUCUUUUUAAUUAGUGCCUGGCAUUUGCACACACAUUCACGGGUUGUUGGUUGGAUGAUCUACAGAAGAUGUUACUUGUGAAAACAUGUAUUGUGCCUUUGAAUAGUCUCUGGCUGCCUGUCAGUCUAGCUGUUUGUUUAGCUUUGCAUGUUUGUAUGACUUAUUUGUCUUUUAGUCCUAGUGUGUUUGUCUGUCUUGUAUGUCUCUUACUCAGGGUCUGUAUACAGCUGACCUCUUGCCAACAGGAAUAAAGCCAUUC